AAGUGGGCCUCACCGCUAUUCGCGAAUUUUUGGGUUUCUGACUUUUUUUUUUACAGCACCUCUCUCAGUAGUUGGGAGUAUACUGACACUGGCGGCGCCACCAACAAUUGACCCUGUUCGACAAUGCCCUGGCAGUCCAGCCCCGUCUUGUGACAUUGGACAUGAGCUGAGAACGAACAGUCAUCUUUGAGCCUCACACACCCCUAGAGUCCUGACUUGCGACAGCGUAUCCCUGGACCACACUUCGACAUUUAUUUGUGACUCACCUUCUGGGAGCAUUGAAGCUGAGUUUAGCUCACUAGACUUCACGCCUAGAUACCCGCCAUGCCUUCAGCCGUGCCUGUUGAGAAUGGGCUUGACCAGGCAUCUGACUCUAUUCCGAGUCACCCUCUAGGAGUCAAGCCUCUGGGCAACCAGUACUUCCACGGUGGUGAAAUCGCUAGGAGCGCCAUUGGAACAUGGGCCUCGCUUCCUGAUGAGAUGCUGACAGUCCUACUCGAGCAUUUGGAUGUACCUGGUCUUUUCAACCUCGGGCACACUUGCAAGUACUUUUACGCCUUUUGUCACCUUGACGACUUUUGGAAAGCGCUUUUCCUGUCACAACAAGCCGACAGUGUCAACCCAGUGCGCUGGGCCGGGACUUGGAGGUCAACUGUGCUAGGUCUCCAGGAGCAACCUUGCAGGCAGAUCGACUGCAGCAACGUUUUUUCCGAUGUACUGCACCGACCCUUUGCUUGCAGUAAUAUCAAUCUACAAAACUACGUCAUGGGGAUACCCAAAGCAAACCAGAUUCGACGGUUUGAUAACCUGAGCUACGAGGAAUUUGCAAAGCACUGGACGAGCGAGCCGUUCGUCUUGUCGCAAUGUAUCCAAGAUUGGCCUGUCACCUCUCAAUGGACUAUUGACAGUCUGCUGAAAGAUUAUGGCGACAUCACUUUUCGGGCGGAGGCAGUGGACUGGACCUUCAAGACUUACUGCCAGUACAUGAUGGAUAACGCGGAUGAAAGUCCUUUGUAUCUGUUCGAUCGCGGCUUUGCCGAGAAAAUGGGCAUCAAGGUCGGGCGAGAUGCAGACGACGCAGCCUACUGGCGCCCUGACUGCUUUGGACCGGACUUUUUUGAGGUCCUGGGGGACGAACGACCAGCUCAUCGAUGGCUCAUUGUCGGCCCUGAGCGAAGUGGCUCGACAUUCCACAAAGAUCCCAACGCCACGAGCGCUUGGAACGCUGUGCUCCAGGGGUCAAAGUACUGGAUCAUGUUCCCUCCCACUGCACAAGUGCCGGGCGUCUAUGUCUCCAAGGACAGCAGUGAAGUCACGAGCCCGUUGAGCAUUGCCGAGUGGCUCCUGACUUUCCACGAGGAAGCAAGGCAGUUGCCUGAAUGUGUGGAGGGAAUCUGUGAUGCAGGAGAGAUCCUGCACGUACCAAGCGGCUGGUGGCACCUAGUGGUGAAUCUAGAGGCUGGGAUUGCCUUGACGCAGAACUUUGUGCCCAAGUCGCCGAGCCUGCACCACUUGUCCGAGGCCAUCUCUUUCCUGCGUGACAAAGCCGAUCAGGUGUCGGGUUUCCGCCCUCACAUUGAGAACCCAUACGAGCUCUUUGCGCAGAGACUUGGGUCAAGCUACCCCGAAGCGCUCGAGAAGGCAGUGGAGCUGGCAGACCGGAAGAGUGGCAAGAAACGGAAAUGGGAUGCUGCCGUGGCUGUUGACGAGACGGAGUCAGGGGGUGGUGGAUUCAGCUUUGGCUUUGGAGGCGAUGAUGAUGACAUUCCGUGAAGAGGACAGUGGAAGCUCAGAGCUGUCUGAAGCCAGCGCAACCUCGGAGAUAUGUUAUUUACAAUGCCUUCUACUUACCCCACGAGGGCGACCUCGAUUGACCAAAGUAGUCAAGAUAAGAUGACGAAGGGUAGUGGCUGCAGCGGCCAUGAUCUACAUCCACAUAUUAAGUAGGUUAGACCAUCACCGCUAAGAGUCUUAAGACUCCUGCGAAGAUGAGAUGACACAACUUGAAGCCCUUGAAGAUCCUAGCUCUGCUCCCUCAGUCGAUGCCCCAUCAGAUACUUGUAUCCAUUAGUGAUUCAGCGCCUGUAUCGUACUACCUUAAUAAUAUAUGC